AUGGCUCCGAAGUCUAUCGUUUGCCUCAUUCUCAGCUGUGCUCUCUUAGGAGGCUAUGCUAGUAUGGGUACGUCAUACCGUCACGGCCUCUUCGACGCUGUUCGGGACUGCAUCACAAACGCAAAGUCGCCUGACGGAAGCUCGCUAUGUCCUUUGGACAUGUCAGACUCAAUCUCUCGGCAACUCACGGGCUACCAGUCAAUUGACGAGCCGGUAAUGCUUCUCUUGGAGUUCUUCGCUCAAGGGCUCAAGAAGCAUCCCGAUAGCAAGGGCAUGGACCUUGAGGCUCUUCUGGCAUUUGUGUACUUGGCGGCACAGUUCUGUGGUGCUUGGUAUCUCAUAGCUCUUGAAGGACUGAGAUUUGGCAACCGUGGAACAAUUCUGAGCUGGACUGGAAGUUUCGGUAUCGUCUUUCAAUCCGUCACAAUAACAAUCAUCGCUCCGAUCUAUCUGACCCUACAACUCCUCCUCUCACCGACGAUUCCUCAACAAGCAUAUCUACUGGCCGACCCGUGCGACCUGAGCCUGCUCCCGAUAUCCACAAUCGUAUCCUACGUUGUACCGACCAUUGGUCUCUGUUUGCCGCUGAUCUUUGAUGUCUCGAGGGAAGCCAAGUUCAUCGCCGUGGCUCUCUGGCAGCCUUUCCCUCUGUAUCAAACUGCCAUUCAGCGAGUAUCCCGCUUGGUCUGCUGGUCUCGCAGGGGCAAGGCCAACAACACCGCACAUAUUGAUCCGAGAGCGUGUAGGAAGGCUAUGAAUCGCGCAUAUCGCUUCAUCACGACACUGACAGUUGGAAUACAUUUGGCUGUGUUUGGGACAAUUCUCGCUUCUUCCAUGGACCUCACAGCCAACGUUUCUGGACAUCAUAUCCUCGCCCUCACGUCAUUGACAAAUCCACCGACUCUCGCUUUACUCAACCCGCCCGUUUCAGCGAUGGACUCGAGAGAGAUCGUGGUCUCGUUCCUGCGAUGGGAUGUAUAUUGCACCUGCCUUGCAAUGGCCAUAUGGACCGGUUACCAACUCUAUUCGGCACAAAGAGCCCCCAGCCGAGUGGUCAUCUGCUUCAACACGAUCUGGUGGACGAUUCUGGGCGGACCGAUCUACCCCGCGUUGAGGCAUCUCUGGGAAAGAGAUGCCAUGGUGCUGGAUCGUAUGGAGCUUUUCAGCUCGUCACUGAAGAUUGAGUAA